AUGCCGCGACCAAGACGAUCGAAUCUUUCCCGACAAAGCCGUAAUGCAAGAAGAAUACAAAAUACUGCAAAUGAAAGGACUGAAGAAGAACAAGAAAUUGCACGUGAACAGCGCCGCGAUAGUAUGACUCGGCUUCGUGCUUCUCAAUCACGAGAGCAAAGUGAAGCAGCCCGUGAAACAGCUCGGUUGGCAAUGCAGAAUCGUCGAGCGAACAACAGAAGGCAACAAAUAGAUAAUUUGUCGCCAUUUAUUUCUAAAACGUUCAAGACACAUUGCAACGUUGAAUACUGCAAUUCAGUUAAGUCCAUAAAAUAUAUUUGCAAAUAUGUCACGAAAGGCAUUGAUAUGGCGGUUUUUGAAUUGCAAUCCUCAAAUACCAACGAUGAAAUUUCACGCUAUCAAGUUGGUCGUUAUGUUAACUGUUAUGAAGCGAUUUGGCGUAUAUCCGCAUUUCUAAUUCACGAACGUAAUCCUACUGUUGGCUGGGCAUCUGGAGAAUGGUCAACGAGUAUAUUUCACGGCUUCGAAUGCUACGCAACGUGCUGA